AUGCUCUAUAAUUCAUCCUUUUUACUCCUACAUUACAAAUCGACAAAAAUUUAUAAUCAACAGGGCAUAAUUCUCUCUUCCUUCUACUGGGGCUACGUUCUCACGCAUCUUCCUGGCGCUAUUUUGGCUGGAAAAUACGGAGGCAAGUACACCCUUGGCCUCGGCAUCCUCUUUACAGCCAUAUUCACUCUUCUGUCACCCACUGCUGUUUACUUGGAUGGCUCGAGGGCGCUGAUAGUCGCCCGAUUUCUUAUGGGACUGGGGGAAGGCACGACGUACCCUGCCAUAAACGUGAUGCUCGCCCAGUGGACGCCACCCAGCGAGAGAUCGAAAAUCGGUUCAUUCGUUUAUGCCGGGGCACCACUGGGCACCGUCUACGCAACGACGAUCUCGGGCCUGAUAUUACACUACACCAGUUACGGCUGGCCCGCGGUCUUUUAUUUCUUCGGUUCUGCGAACAUCAUCUGGUUCUGCGUAUGGGUGUUCCUGUGCUACGACAAGCCGCAGGAGCAUCCCUUCAUCUCCGAAAGCGAGUCGAAAUUUUUGAACGAGCAAUUGAGCGAUCACACCCAUGAGAAGCCUCCACCCGAGCCCUGGAGGCACAUACUAUCCUCCAAACCCUUGUGGGCCCUGAUAAUCGCCCUUAUUGGGCACAAUUGGGCCUGGGCGACCAUUGUAUCGGAUCUGCCAAAAUACAUGUCAAGCGUGCUGAAAUUUUCCAUCCAGAACAACGGCUAUCUCUCCUCCUUGGCUUACCUUUGUAUGUGGCUGGGUAGUUUGGUAUCUUCGUGGAUAGCCGACUGGAUGAUGGUCCGGGGAUACCUGUCCAUCACGGGCAUCAGGAAAUUGGGAGCAUCCAUAUCCCUGAUCGUACCGUCGAUUUUCAUAGUCAUGGCGACUUACGCGGGCUGCGAUAGGGUUGCCGUGCUAGUGCUGUUUAACGUUGGCAUGGUGUUCAUGGGAACCGCGUUGCCUGGCAUUAUGGUCAAUGUCUUGGACCUCAGCCCAAAUUAUGCGGGCUCCCUCAUGGCGAUGACGAAUGGUAUUUCGGCGCUUACGGGCAUCGUUGCGCCAUACAUCGUGGGGCGUCUUGCUCCCGAACAAACACUCAGCGAGUGGAGACUGGUCUUUUGGAUCGUGCUUGGGGUCGCCGUGUGCACCCAAUUGGUAUUUUUGCGCUACGGUAGCGGCGAAGUCGAGUAUUGGAAUGACCCGGAGUUUGUAAAAGCGGAAAGGAGGAAAAAGGAGGAGGUGGAGGAAGGAAAACAGUAAUUUUUUUUUUCAACACAUUAUUUCU